CGAAGACAACAGUGCUACGUACAAGUUCUUCAAAAUUUUCUGUUGUCCACUUCUCCUUAAGGUUAAAACGACAUUUAAUUUCAACUAAAUGAUGAAAGUUGCUGCACCAGUUACGUUAUGUUGGGUCAUGGCUUUGUGCGUGUAUUUGGCUGAAUGUAAUGAGGAAAUUCAAGAUGAAACUAGAAUGCGAGAGCCUAGAGCUAUUUCUAAGAAGGUUAAUUCAUGCACAUCCUGUUGUGCUGCACCUGGAAUUCCUGGUGCACCCGGAACUCCUGGUGUCCAUGGGGUCCCAGGCACAAGAGGCUCUGACGGAAGAGAUGGGAGGCCAGGAAUCAGAGGACCAUCUGGGCCGAAGGGUGACAAAGGAAUCCAAGGUAGUCUAGGAAGGACUGGUGCAAAAGGGUAAAAAAGGUGAGGCUGGUAAAGUAGGUGCUCCAGGAAAUAAUUUUGAAUCCAACUGGAAGCAAUGCACAUGGAAAGAAAAUAAUGAUCUUGAUA